CUUCUCUCUUUGAUCCAAGAAAGCAAUGAUUCUCAGGUUUCUAUUUUACACAUAUAUCUAUAUAUAUAUAUAAAUAUGAAGAUGGGGGCUAAAAGAAAAAAGUUCUACCUCACAUAAAUCUGCACCUCUUAAGCAUUGCUCCUAACCCAGAAGGAAAAAUCAGGAUCAAGACAAAUACAAGCCAACCUGCAGAUAUGGGAGUUGGAAGUUGCCGCCAUGUGUUGUUCUCUUUGUUUCUUCUCUUCAGUUUAGGUCUAGGUAAAGCCAUAAGAUUAAGAGAGGAAGAAAACCAAGAAAUCUCAUAUGAAUUUGGUACCAAGUUGGAUGCAGUUCCUGUAGUCAACCCUACAACUCCAGGCACAGCAAAUCCAUAUCCUACACUAAACCCAACAACUCCUCAAGCACCUGGCACAAUAGGACAAACCCCAUUAACUCCUACAACCCCAUACAUGACUCCCAUAAACCCAUACGCAAACCCCACAACCCCAAAAACAAGUCCUACAAAUCCAACUAUGGUCCCACCUAGCCCUAUUACAACCACUACUCCCACAACCCCAACCACUCCUGCUACUGCAUCAGCAGGUGGUCAGUGGUGUGUUGCCAGCCAAUCAGCUGCAGAGAGCACUCUGAAGGUGGCUCUUGACUAUGCUUGUGGCUAUGGUGCAGACUGUUCAGCAAUUCAACCUGGAGCAGGUUGCUACAAUCCAAAUACUCUGAAAGACCAUGCUUCUUAUGCAUUUAAUGACUACUACCAGAAGAAUCCAGCUUCUACAAGCUGUGCAUUCGGAGGAACUGCUGUACUUACAAACAAGGAUCCCAGUAAUGGGAACUGCCGCUAUACAUCAUCCAAAACACCCAUCAUGAGUCCACCAACACCAACUUAUGUAAGCCCCCCAACUCCACCAAGCACUAUGACUCCAACUACCCCAAGUACCAUGAAUCCAACUACCCCAAGUACCAUGACUCCAACUACACCAGGUAUUAUGACACCAACUGCACCAGGUAUGACAACAAUUCCUGGUGGAGCAUCAGUGUAUGGUUCGGGACCAACAGGAAGCCCCAAUAUAGCCACAUCUGUUUCACACUCUGAAUUGCUGUUAUUUACCUUAUUUGGCUUGUGGGCUUCACUUCAUGUACAAAACUACACCUAGAUGAUGAACAAAGGGCAUUCAUUCUUCCUCUAAAACACCAGAAAUUACUCGGUCUUCAGCAGCUGUUGCAAGACUGCAAGGUGGCAGAGUCAACAUGGCCUAUUUGUCAUAUGAGUUCUCUCCAUUAAAACUAGUACUGCAUCACAUAAAUGUAUCUCUGAUAGAUCAUAAAGUAUGAGAAACUGAUAGGCUUGUAGACAGAUAUUUUACAAUAUUAGCAGAGAAGAAUAAAUUAUUAGAUUAUCUACUUCCAUUCAGAA